GCGAGACCGCAGAGGAUGAUGGCGAGGGAGGAGCUCGGAGGUGCUUCGAGCGCGCCUUGUGUCUCGAUUCUGCUGUCACUGCACUCCCUGCGUGCACGUCCGGCCCCGGCUCCCGAAUUUCUUGUUUGUUGUAGGGUAGAUUGCAGUGUUCAUUCAUGACUUCCUGUCGCGAUUGUCUUUUUUUCUCACAUGGUGUUGCUGUUUCUGUUUCUCUCUCAACUUUCUGUAGUCCCUAGCUUUGAGCGCAGCUGCGUUUUUCUCACGCCGGCGGAAAGGCAUCGGUGAUGAUUUAAGUUAUCCUUGCGCUUUGAUUGGGGCUGUUCUCUUUUCGGAGCGCAGCCCCGAGGAAGAAACUUACUUCAGCAUGCUAACUGGCUCUGAGAUGACUGGCGAUACCGGCGUAGUACUCCCGUUUGGAAGUUUGUUCAAUCAUUAUAGCGUUUGCUGGGGAAUUCUGGUACGAGGAGUCUAUGAUGCUUAUAAAUUUGCGUUAUCUUUCCGAACGGCACUAGCCUUGCGGAGAAUCAACACCUCUGAGACUCUUGGUGCUGUGUUACAUACCUGAUCGAAGUAUGGAUAUCAUGUCUUCUGACACUGCCUUGGCCAAGGUGGUCUUACCAUGGACCGAAAUCUUUGGUAAGGUCACCAUGGCUGAAGUAGAUUCUGUCGACAAAUUGUGUUAGUUGAGGCAGCUGAACCAUGACGACAAGGAGUUCGCCUAUGUCUCAUGUUGGGACUCCGUAGGGAGUGAUCUGUUGGAAGAGAUAAUACGUCUUGAGACUCGGGAUCUAAUGGUGAGAAUUGAGGAAAACUUCAUUUUUCCGUCAGGUCCGGGUUGAAUCUAGACUGUCUAAACUCUUAGUUGGGCUAUCAGUGCCUUCAUACUCGCUAAAGAAUCAACACAGAACUGUCGCUUCAGGCAUGGCUCGUUUACCAUUAUUCACCCCCUUUUUCAUGAGGUGAAAUCCACUGACAUAUGUAACGUAGUGAACGGCAGUAUAGUUGGAAUUAUGAACGGAAAAAUUUGCAGUUCUGGCACAUUUGGACUGAUCAUGAGUGCCAGACAACGGGUUGCGGAGAAUUGAAAGUAAUAUCGAAGUUGCCCAUGUGAAAUCAAUUUUAAAUCCUCGUCAAUUCUGUUAGCCGGCAGGCAUUCUAUCCUGCGCGAGGUAACACUUGAAAUGACUACAGAGGCACGUAGACAUACUCGCUUUUUCUCACU